AUGGCUUUUUAAAAAUCUGUUUGUCCCCUACAGACAUAUAUCCAUGACACUCCCCGCCAGUUUCAAAAGGCAAACCACUACUAGACCAGAUUUUGAACACCAGAACUCCAACCUGUACGCCAUAUCAGCAAUGGAUGGAGUGCCUUUCAUGAUCUCUGAGAAGUUUGCCUGCGCUUCCGAUGAUCUGCAGCAGGUGGAUCUGAUGGGCAUCACCAUCAAGUCUCUGACGGAGAUUGAGAAAGAGUACGAGUAUAGUUUCCGCACAGAGCACAGCGCAGCAGCGAGGCUUCCCCAGUCCCACACGGAUCUCCUGGGCUCUGAGGCCUGA